AUGGUCAUCACGCGUUAUUCGCUUCGCUUCCUUUCCGAUGCUUACAAGCGAGGGGAUUACACUCCGCCAGCCGAUGCCCAAAGCGGAGAAUCUACAAACGAGGGACCACAAUAUGAUCGUCAAAUGUUCACGAUGGAGAGCGUACAGCUGCAUACGAUUUACGAAAAGAUGCUUUUCUCACAAACCAGCUUCCCGCGAGCAGGAGAGUUGAAUGACUUGAUGAAUGAAUAUGUGGAUCAGUUAGCGAAUGAUUUCGAAGUUAUCGGGCUAACGACGCAGGAUCUGUGGGGCUUUGUUGAGGUGCUGGAUCGGGCAGCGCAAAAGACGUUUAACUCACCGCGCAUCACACGCCACCUAUUCCAUGCUCUGGUGCGAUUGGGAGAAUAUGAAGAAGCAUGUCAUGCGCUUCACUCUUACAUGUACCUGGUCGGUCUCACAUCGCAGGCAUGGGAGGAGUCUCGGUUGAACAGCGAAGCUUUGGCUACAGAUACGCAAGGCAGAAGCAUCCCCAUUCCGAAUAUCAAUGAAGAUGUGGACGAGAUCACCGAUCAAGGUACCACAGAGGAAGGCGAGCCCCCUCAUUCCAUUGCGUCUAUGCGAAGCCCCGAAAAAGAAGCUCCUCAAGAUACGAUUCGUGUCCUCCUGACGGCUGUCAAAAUGUAUUGCAAGGAACUCCGUCAAGGCGUGCAAGCGGUAGAGAUUGCCGAAAUCGCCCGCAGCAUCAUGAAGAAAUUACCAAAGAAAGACGCUCAGCAUACCGAAGAAUCCUGGAAUACUCUGUCUGCUCAGGUUUAUCGUGCUGUAGGUGUGGCUUACAGCUUACUCGCUUGUCAAACCUACGAUCCAGCGCUACGACCGAAUUAUCACAAGCGUGCCUCGAAAUACCUAACAUUAUCGAACCAACUGGAUCCCAAUGUGUGGGAAACUUAUUAUCAGAUGGCACUUCAACAAGCCGAUAUGCGCGAUAUUCGUCAGGCGGUUCAAUCCAUCACCAAAGCGCUUCAAGCGAAUCCUACCCAUGUGCCAUCCUGGCAUUUGCUUACGUUGGCUUGCUCUUGUCCAAUUCAAAACGAUUUCCAGCAAGCGCUGAAAACAUGUGAAAUGGGACUGCAAUACAGAAAUGGGUUGGAUAACAAGAUUAACGGCACCCAUGAUGAAUGCGAGCAACAAAUCCUUCUGCAAAUGACUCAUACCAUGCUGCUGGAUGCUGUAGAAGGUCCGGAUGCGGCUUUGGAGUUGCAAGAAGCAUUAUUCACCACGUAUGCAAAGAUAUCGAAUAAUGACACGAGCACAAGCACGACAAAUUCCGUGCAAGAUUCUUAUCAUCAAGCGCAGAAUGGCAUGGUGAUCUCGGGCUCUCUCGGUAAUUUGAGCGAAGUGCAAUUGGCGGAACAGAAACGCCGUGGUCGCAGCGCCAGCAGUAGUGUGGUCGGAAGUGAGCGAACUGAUCAGUUGGCGAUGCCAGCGUCUCGAUCCCAUGAUAAUGUUCACGGUAACAGUACACUCGCCAGUCGAGCCCACUCCGUUUCUUCAUUCCAAGGUCCCGAAGCCGGCAACAAACUGGCGGUUCCCAGCGAACCUGCCGUGCAUAAACAUCAUCACUUGCAUUUAUUCGGUUCAAGAAGUAGUUCUCGGAGGAUGAAAAAGGACGAUGCCGCGUCCGAGAAAGAAUCGGUGCACAAGAAUGCCAGUACGGGAACUUUAUCACCCAAUGUGUAUGAAAAUCGGGUCUAUCAAUCGCUUAAUAAUUCCGCCACUUCUCUUCACAGUACCGCCCCUUCCAUUGUCAAUGUAAAAGGCAUCUUACAACCUAGUUCAAUCCCGACCCGACCGACCACGCGCAGUCGACUGAGACAGCAACGGUCGAAACGAAUUCUAUCGAAUUUAUGGUUAUUAAGCGCAUCGUCGUUCUUGAAUGCGGGGAAACUAGACGAAGCACUGAAAGCCAUUGAGGAAGCAGAAAAUGUGGAUUGGACAACCAACCCCCGUGUCUGGUACCUGCUUGGACGGUUCCGAUUGCAAGAAAAUCAACCGGACCAAGCAAUUGCAGCUUUCGAGAAAGGCCUGGUGGCGAAUCCUAUGGAUAUUGAAUGUCGUGUUUGGCUGGCCAAAACCCACAUGGAAAUGGGUGCCUUGGAACUAGCAGAAGGCAUAUUGGACAUGCUCACCAAAGGCAAUGGAUGGGAUUGUGCAGAAGCUUGGUUUUACCUUGGCGAAGUGUAUCGUCGAACCGACCGUGUGGAUCAAACGAAGGAUUGUUUAUUCUACGCAUUGGAUUUAGAAAACACACGACCGAUACAGCCAUUUUCAGUUUUGCCACGAUGUGUUUAA